GUGGAAAAGUGGAAAAGUUACUAAAAUUCUCUCCGUUUCGUGAAAUUGUGGUCCUUUUAUCUAUGUUUCUUGCGUUUGGCCCCUAACCAGGGCGGAACGUGCAGCCGGAUUCCAUUUUGCGCGGCUUCUGUUGGCAGCAACAUUCGGGAAUCGCCGAUUCACCUUGGCGCCCCGUGUGUCCCCCGAAAUAUAUCUGCGAGCGUGGUGGCCCUCGGCAAUAAUCGGCAAUCGAAGAAAAUGAGUGUUUUGUGAGAAAAAGGAUCGUCAAUCAGUGUUUGCCCGUUUUCCACGCAGCGGCGGCCGCCACACCGAACGCAGUCCAAAUCCAAAGGGGUCUUGAUGUAGCAGUUUGGAAGACACGGAUAGGGUUGAGUAGAACGACUGUCCCCAGCAAUAGCAUCGACGGUGGGGUUGAUGAAUCACGACAAUACACAUCGACAGCGGUCAGAGCACAAUGCAAAGCUUGGAAACAGCAUCAUGUCCAGAAGCCGAUUUCUUGCUAAAUGAUGCGUAUUGUAAGCUGAGGAAGUCUCCGUCUCGGCAAUCUUCGCUGCUCAUAGACGCUCCGCCGCAGUAUCCCAACCUGCCUAGCCCUCUACUUAACGACAGUACCCCACUGUUCAACACCUCCUCCUCGGUUGGCAGUCCCAACGCUUCUUCGCUAUCGCCAACGUUCGCCUCUCUUAGCGCCAGCCAUUCCACAUCACCACCGGCCACACUUCUAGCCUCUCCGUCGUCACCCAAACGGAGGACACCGACCGACCCGCCGACGACGACGACGACGACGACGGCAACGGCGGCGGCGGCUGCAGCGGCAGUUGUAGGGACUGGCAACACGAGCCUUGGAUCGCAACUGCUCCUCAAAUCAAUCAGCCCGUCAGUUCCUAGCAACAAAUCCAAGCAAACGGGCACACCCAACGCUGCAGCCGUAAAUCAUCACCACCAUCAUCACUAUCACAUUCAUCACAACGAAAAGCGUGGAGCGACAGAAUCGUCCGGCUUUGGAAGUGAAACUCCAACGAAAAAACCGAAACUCUCUUCCUCUUCCGUUCCAUCAUCAUCCUCGUCGUCGUCUUCGUCCUCCGCUCCCUCCUCUUCCUCCGGUGGUCCCGACCAGCAACACCAUCAUCAUCACCACCAUCAUCAGCACCAUCACCAAAAUCGCCAUCAUCAUCAUUCCCAUCAUAACAGCAGCGGUGUAGAUAGUAGCGGAAAUGGUGCCAGUAGCAGUGUAGGUGGCGCCGGAGGUGGUGGCAAUGGAAAUGGCAACAGUGCUAGCCACAUUAACAACAACGGUGGCAACGGCGAAGGCUCCUGUUCGGGAAGCACUCCUACUCAAAGGCUUCCACACGUUGUUGGGCAAGCGGCUGGUGGAACGAAAUUCAACAUACAUGACAAACUUAGAGAAUUAUAUCUGGAUCUGUUGGUGGAGGAGAGCGGUGGUGAUAGCGAAUUGGAGAAGCUUAGUUUGAAGAGUACGUCCUUUCUGCUGGAGAAGUUGAUCAUGCGUGAGCAGCUCAACACGCUGAUCGUGAAUUUGUAUCCGGGAAACAAGGGCUAUUCGCUCGCUUUUCGGAUAGGCCCACGGGAUGACGGUAGCCGUAAUGUAAGCAAUAUAUCAAAGAGUGGUGCUGCUACGAUGGGCACCACACCACCGGCAAUGGGCACGGGCAUCGGUCCACCGUCGGAUUCGUUGUCAGGUAGCGGCGAUGCGGGCAACGAAAAUCUGCAGGAAACCAUGCGAUGGCCAUACGAGGAGGAGGAGCUGCUGGAGUGCAUCGAUCGCGAAGAGCUACCGUUGGUGCUAAUGGAUAUACUAGUGAGCAAGUGUCCCGGGUUGUUCUACGCUGGUUGCGUGAUUGCCGAGGUGCGUGACUAUCGGCCAUGGUUUCCUAUUCAUACCUGUGAUACAUUUCACGUCCUACUGAAACCAACAAAUCAGACAUUGCUGGCAGACGUGAACAAGAUGACGGCGGAUGGGGAAUGGAGUGCGGAGGAUAAGCUGGUACUCGAAAGCCAACUUGUGCUGGCCACUGCCGAACCACUCUGCCUCGAUCCGAACCCGGCGGUCGGAACUAUGGUGAUCAAUCAGCAGCACCGAAGGCAGCUCCUAAAUACUGCACCGAUACGCCGGCAGGCUAAGAAGUUUUCGCAAGUGGCCGUUAAUCGGAAGAGAAAAACCGAUCAAUUCACGCACAACUUUGGCUUGGAGCUAAGCGACUUUAUAACCAAGUACCGGGCUCGUCCACCACGACCGCAUAAUGCUCGGCGAGGAGUGGUUAGCUUCACGAUGCCGAAAAAACCUUCCGACGUGGUGCCGGUGGUGAACGUUCCUAGUCUGGAAUUCCCGGAGCUUGCUGUACCGAGCGACUUGAACGUGGAGAAGAAUGCCCGUAAAUUCGAGGCACCAAAGGAGAGUCGCGAUUGCAUACCUCAGCUGACGGAGGAGUACAUUCUCGAGACGGACCGAGUAGUGAGCCGUGGUGAUACUCGCGUAUACCACAUCAAACUGUCGAUCUUUCAACGUCCGUCCAACUCAGAAUUCCUUGGGGAGCUCUACGUGGAUCGGGACUAUCGUGUGAAUGAACGUAAUGGAGAGGCUUGCCAAUUUUCCCUAGGCACCCGAGCCCAUGCCCACCGUUAUAUACAGCAAUUUACGGAAAUCUUCACCGAGGAAGGUCGGAAAUCCGUCAAAAUAACGCAUCUGGUGCCGGGACAGGUGCCAAAGGUACUCCAUACUGCUGGCAUGAGAGAGCAAAAUGUACAGCAACAUCAGCAAUUGCAGCAACAGCAGCAACAGCAGCAGCAACAGCAACAGCAGCAACAACAGCAACAACAACAGCAGCUACAGCAGCAGCAGCAACAACAACAAUUGAUAUCACCUUCCCAGCAGCAACACAACCAACAACAACAGCAACAGCAACAGUUGCAGCAUCAACAGCAGCAAACCCUAGUACAGCAGCAAAUUUCCCAGAUACAACAACGAUUACAGUCGAAUUCGACUCAGGCCUUGCUCACACGUUUACAACCAACCAAUCCUGCUCUGGCCACGCAGAUUGCCUCGAUUGCAACGGGUAGCGGCUCGAACAUAACCCUUAACGCAACCCAUCCUAAUUCGCUGCCAGGGAAUCAAUCUCAGCAACCGCAGACACUGUCAUCGCCAUCUCAGUCGGCAUUGGCUCAUCAGCAAAUACUUACCGCCGCUGCAACGGGUGCUAAUAUUCUCAGUAUAGGCACGACGACCGCCGUGGCAGCACAGGCACAAACCGCGCCGAACGCACAACAGCAGCAACCACCAAUUCAACCGUCGCCACAGGGGCAAAUCCACACUCAACAACAACAUUUGCUGGUAUCUUCUGGGCAGCAGCAACCCCAACAACAGCAACAGCUGUUUGCCGCUACUAACGCUUGUGACGGAAGCAGUGGAACCUCUGUGGUGAGCACCGGUAACUCUCUCGCUGGUACGGUACCGACAGCCCAAGGAACCACGAUCACGCUGCAGUCGCAGCCGGCUCAACAUGGCCAGCACAUCCAACAACCGCAGCAGCAAACGCUUAGCCUUAGCAACGGAUCACUUCUACUCGUUCAACCAUCAGGUCAGAUAUCGAACCUAACGAUGACAACCAAUGCCGCCGGACAGCAGCAGUUGGUGGCCAGCAAUGCUACUACCGGUAGUACGGUAGGAAAUGCGAACGGGGCGCAAGGCUUCACAUUUGCUUCUGGAGGACAAACGGCCACCAUCAUCAAUCAAGCUGGUGGCCGAACAAUCGGUAAUACUGUUCCACUGCUGGUAAGGCUAGACAACAGCAAGGUUACACGAGACGCGUCCGGUACUCUCAUCUCUACGCUUACGCAACAGGCCCCAUCUGGCCAGGUGCAGCUGCAGGCUCAGCAAAGUGCUGUAUCACAGCUAGCUCAACAACAGCAGCAACAGCAACAACAGCAACAGCAGCAACAAAUACAAGGACAGCAACAACAACAACAACAACAGUUACAAGGACAGCCUCAGCUUCAACUGCAAUCACAGCAGGCUCAAAACCAAGCAGGCCCAAUCCAUACGACCAAUCCGGAAAUCAAAGCCAUUGCCAUCAGCAUCAUGAAUUCGGCGAAUCAAUUUACCAACCGGCAACAGCAACAACAGCAGCAACAGUCGAGUACUAAAUCAAGCAGCAAUGCCGCAAUACUCAGUCUACUAAACAGUGCUCCGGCUGCCAUGACCAAUUCACCGGUGUUAAGUAGCAACCUUACGCUUCCGGCCGGCAAGUCAGUCAGCGAUUUGCAACAUCAUCAGCACCAGAACCAACAGCAGCAGCAGCAGCAGCAACACACGGUUCACCACCACCAAACAGUAGGAGGUGGAACAACGACAACAAUUAGUGGAAAUGCUGCUGCCGCGCUGUUCAAUAGCGUCGGAGGGCGUAAAAUAAGUAUCCAGCAGGCACAGGCGAGCGGUCAAAACCGAAUACUGAACCAUGCCAAUCUCAUUACGGUCAGCAGUGCCGUCGGUGGUGGUUCCAACAAUCAAACACAACUGAUCAACAUACAACCGAGUGAUCUGCAGUCAGGCCAUACGACGGUCCAAUCGCUAGCAUCACAGCAGCAACAAUCGCAGCAACAGCAACCACAGCAACAGCAAUCGCAGCAGUCCGCGCAAGCAGGCAAUAUUCGGGUCACAAUGUCGGCACUCGCCACCCAGUUAGCGUCUCCUCCUGCAAUACUGACCACCUCGAACCUGCCCCAAAGCUUCAACGUCGUUGCGGCGGCUGCAGCUGCAGCUGCUGCUUCGUCUUCCUCUUCGGGUGGCAACGGGUCGGUAGGCAGUAGUGGGCCCAGUGGCACUUUUCAGACCACCGGAACAGGGACGACCAAUAAGUUGAUCAUCAACAGUGCGAAUCAUCAGCGGGUACUCAACAUAAAUACCAGCAGCGGAACCAACCCUUCAAUGGCAGCGGUCGUAGCCGGCACACUGGGUGGAACAAUAAGACGUAUGCGCGAUGCUGGCAAUGUGGGGGGGAAUGCUGGCGAAGGAAUACAGCUACAGAUUCAGGGGCUGGCUGCUAACCCCUCUGGAACCAAUACAUCGGUUGUCGGAAACAUAAACAACCGAUCGCUCGUAGCUGAUCAGCUGCAAAUACAGAAUAUUGCCUCCCCAGGCAGCGAUCACUCGAAUGCAUCCUCCACGUCCCUGGCGAGUAACAGCAACGGCGGUGCGGGGGGUGUGACAAAUGUCGGCCUGAAUGGUGGCAACAAUGGCAGCAAUAUUAUCUUCAACACCAUGUCCGGUUUAAGCGCACUGCUUUCCAAUAGUUCGGCUUCAUCGAUGGUAUCCGGCGCGCCUACUCAAUCAAUCUCCAUUGGCAACGAUGGAACAACGGCAGUGGUUGGUCUAAGCCCAGCGAGCAGCAACAGUAGCAAUGGUGCCGGUGGUGGCCUAGCAGGCAGUGGCGGUGCAGCAGUCCUCGGCGGUGGCAGUAAUAAUAACACUAACUCAGCAUUAAUCGAAAGACUGACUUCAUCUAGUAGCAUAAACCUUACCAAUAGUAGUAACCUACCGUCAACGAGCCCUGGGUUGCAGUUCACCAUACCGUCGCCGAAAACACCACAGCAGCAGUCACAAUCUUCGCAAGCCCAUUUGCAAAUACAAUCACCUGCCAGCUCGAUAUCGCCCCUUUCUAGUCCACCGCCACAGGUUACCAUCCUACCGUCGCCGCAAUCACAGCAGCAGCAGCAGCAACAACAACAGUCACAACAGCAAACGCAACAGUCUCAAAACCACACGCAAGUGACUACUGGUACCCAGCAACAGCCUACUACGGUCAAUCUGCAGGGAUUAAACUUUACCAGCCUUCACGGUGCGAUGGCGUCAAUUCCGGGACUGCAAAACGUUCAGGUUCAAAUCCCCGGACUUCCACAGCCGAUUUCCCUGGCACUAUCGUCUACGCCGUCAGGAGCGACGACGGGUGUGUUGAAUAACUCGGGGAACAACAGCGCAGGCCAGACGACUAGCCUACUUGUGUCCGUUCCUGUAACCAACACCACACAGGCUUCUAUGAACACCAUCAAUGCCGGUGCUAACAAUACCAUUCUGUCUGGUAACUCGCAAACGACACAAACGGUCGUUUUGACGAACCCACAAACAAGUGGCUCCAGUAUACUCACUUUACCCAUUGGUAGGUCUUUUGGUGUGUGGCAAAUUUGGUUUGGCGAUUGGCAAAUUCACUCACAUCAUUUUCUUCUUCUUCGCACAGCUCAAUUUGUUACGUCCGGCGGCAUGAAAGGACUUGGUCAGCAAAGCAUACGAACCGGCGGACCACUAACGGUGAAUGCGGGACAACCGGGUCAACAGAUACAGCUGCUGAACAUCAGUCAACGGCCUCGGCCGGGUCAGCUGCCGGUAGCCGUCAGUGGCGCAGGGACGUCGCCCAUUAUGACCAAGCAGCUGGCCGCCCGCGUUGCCCAACACCGCCAACAGAUGGCCACCGCUGGCGGGUCUACGCUUAAGAUAUCUACACCCAUUUCCGGUUCCCAUCACGGUGGCCAACUGAGUAAUGCUCUUAACGUCACUCAAAACGCCACACCUAACCAGCUCGUCAUGGCCACGAAGCAACUGCAGUUGAAAAUUCAACAACAACAACAACAACAGCAACAUCAUCAACUGCAGCAACAACAGCAGCAGCAACAAAUUAUAACCGGAACCAGUAACCAAUCAACGAUUGUCGGCAGCAAUGCCACGCAAAUCCACAUCCAACAACCGCAGCAGAUACUAACGCAACAGGUAUCGCAGCAAGCGCAAGCACAGGCGACUCAGCAAAUCAAUAUCAUCAGCAAUAGCGUGGUGACACCUCUUUCCCUGUCGAGCCCGGUUGCUGUAGCAACGGCCAAUACACCGCAGCAAACGCACCAGAACAUUGGGUCGCUGGCGGCACCGGUCGCAGCAGCUUCUUCUGCAGGCAAGCAUAGAAAACGAUCUGCGGCGGAUCUUAAUAAGUAGAUGUAAAAGUGUUCAAGCAUGCCCACUCUGGAAUGGACAACACAUCCCCUCGCUGGUGCCAAUCACACGGGGGGGAAGCGAGCAUCGCUACUAAUGUUACUAUCAUUACUAUCACACCUUCUUUUUCUUCUUCAAUGUUAUCAUUAGCCGCCGUGACAGUGAACCAUAACGUAACAGAAUAGUUUGAAAGUGUAGGUCUGUCCUUUUUUGGCCCGAAGGCUGACGCACAAAGUGUUUGAGAACCGUUUCUCUUAAAGUUCUGGAGGUUAAAGUUAUUCAAAAUAACUGCUAAAUCCCGCUAAUGCCGCUCGAAACGAUUGCCAGCAGAGAGAAAGAGAGAGAGAGAGAGAGAGAGAGAGAGUGAUGGUCCGGUUAGUUCGCUUGAAGGGUUGUACUUCAUUGAAGCAACCACUGUUGAAACCCAUAACCCCGGGAGAAACAGGUAGUGUGCGAACGGAAAUGGGUUUUAAAGAGGUGUACAGUAGAGUAAAGCUACCGGUAUUGAGCAAACCAUUCGAUAGUACCUUUUGUUUUUUAUUAAGAAUUUUAGUGAAUAAAAACUCUAUGCGUACAUGUAUAUGCACGACUUUGCGUACGUAGUUUUGUGAGAGGUUCGAUCUGACUGGUUACUUUUCCGUGGGUUUUUUCUUCUAAUUGUUUUACCUAAAACCAAAGCCCUUUAGCUUGAGUCCAUGUUUUACCGGUUUAAUAUGCAAAAUUAGGAAUUUGUAAAUUUGUGUUAACCCCUAACAAACAGUGCGGACGCGGAGUUACGGUUACGGUCGUUAAAAUGGAAAAAUGGAAGGAAAACACGAGCGCAUCAUCCAUACGGUUUAGGUGCAUAAAACAAUAGAAUAGUUCGUCUAAAAUGCAAUUGGCAAGCUUUAUGAUGGUUCAGCACAACACAAAGGGAUGUUGAAUGUAAAGAUACCUUAACGAAGUGGUUUGGCCGUCUUCGAACAUUCAGCUAGUCUGCUGGUAGCGAUAGUAGAAACCUACCGCACGGUCGGUCCAAGCAAGCCGCGCGGAACAGCUGGUAAUGCAAGUUGGAAAGAUUGCUACGUGUCUCUUAUUUAAAUAUAGAUCGCGCGAUUAGGACAUGCAGAAUAUACAUGUUGAUAUUACUAUAGUAGGUACGAGUUGCUGUGGAAUCUUGCUACCCGAAACCACCAGAACAUAAAGUCCUUGCAUCGAAAGAGAACAGCGCGUUUCUUGCGAGACAGCGCCAACUGGGAUAAGAGACGGAAAUACUUGGAUCUUUUUAGUUAGUGACUGUGUCGGGCUGAAGAAGAAAUUCUUCAUCUGCUCCAGUAGAAAAGAAAGCCGCGUGAUGCACACGUACGUUUGCGUAUAGCUUUAAAGACAUUCUUGGGUUUCUGUAAUUCAUUGCAAACCAGCAAUUGGAUGGCCCCUUUCACCC